UGAUCGUAGCUUAAUUUCUGGAUUUUGGAGGGGGCUGUGAGCAAUUAGGGUCUUUUGAGCAAAUAUCGAUGAGAUUAAGCAGAGGUGGCAUGGCAUGCAUGUGAAACUGCUGCUUGUGUUUUCACUGUCAAAACCAAACCAACCAACCAAUGUCUUAAAUCACCAUAAGAGAAAACAUGAAACAAUUCCUCCUUGGGACUUACCAUGCAUGCAUUGCUGCUAUAUGUGUCACGUGAAUAUAUAUCAUAUCAGUGAUAUCACCCAUUUCCAAUGUCUCUGUGAUCAAAACCAUCAUCACCAAUGCUUUUAUCUGACAAGUCAUGCACGCUUAAAACCAUCUAUAAAAAGAUAACCUCAAUUUCACUGAUUGUAGAGAAGAAAACAGCUUCAAGAGAAGUGGCGAUGCAUGCAGAAGCAAGAAUGUGUGAGUCACAGAGCCAUGGAUUCAAAGGUGCAUGUGUAGGUGACCACAACUGUGCACUUGUUUGCAGAAACGAAGGGUUCUCCGGUGGCAGAUGCCAGGGCUUGCGCCAUCGUUGCUUUUGCACCAGGCUUUGUUGAAUGAAUGGCUUUGCAAUGCCACAUGCUACUAAGACAAAUAAAUUUAUGUAGACACUUGUUUUGGUAUAAUUGAAGCUUUUCUUUGAGAAGUGGAGGAUCUUGUGAUAUAUUUUCUGGCUUCAUUCAAAGUUUUAAUGAAUUUAUUCAGCUCAAGAUCAUUGGUUUACUCGAAAAUAUGCAAGUGGAUCAAAAACAUUCUUAUAUGACCAUAUUAUCUCUUGAACU